ACUAACAGCAUUCCCAAAGGAACACGGUCCCUGCAUCCAACAUGCUGGGUUAAUCAUUAUGAACCCUUCAUAGUGUUGGACACGGGUCAUUCCACGCCAACUCAACCAGUGCCGUUGCCUGUCCGUCUCAGAUUUUCCUAGAAAUUAUUUUUACAUAAUUAAAAACUAAAUUCAUGUUUUUUCUUUAAAAAAAAAAAAAAAAAAUCUUCCCUGUUUACAGUACCGUUGAAAUACACCUGUCUCUGUCAUCGAAGACCUCCUAAACCAAAGGCUUUCAGUUGUGCCUGAAAUUGACUGAUUGGCUAGCAUGAGAAUGCAGCAAAUGGCUUUUUCAUAAAUGGUUGGUCAGUCAAUCAAUUAUUCCCCUAGGAAGGCACCACAACUUAUUAAAAAAAAAAUAAACUUUACUAUCACUUUUUGGUUUUUAAAAUCCAACUAAGUAAGGUUUUGGUAGUUUCAAAUGUGUCAUCAUAACAACAAAGUCCAAAGUCCCAUAUGCAAGUUCAUAACCCCUCAACUCCAAGCUAGUGCCAGUGGAAGCACAUACUGUUACUUUUUCCUCUAGAUCAAUCCUCAGAGAAUGCACAACUGAAGAAAUAGCCAGUUUCGAUAGAACUAUGUGGUACUUUAAUGCUCGAAUGCAUGACAAAUGCAACUUCAAAAAUCUGCCAAAAAUCCAAAAUCCCCGGAUACCAACAUAUUUAGUUUGAUGCUUGUAGAUCUCAUCAACAUCUAUAACCCUAACCCUAACCCUAACACCAUGCAAGUUAUUAUGGCCUAAACUUGGUACAAAUAGCAAAAAAUCUAAUUUCAGUGGGGUUUAAUGACCAGUGGUGGGACUUGAAACCAAAGGUUCACAUAAUUUGGAAGACUGGUUCCUAAGGUUCUUACAGCAAUACUAACAUUUUAGGACCCACAUCCCCUACAGGGUAAAGGGUUAGGCUGAAGUUUGAAUAAAACUUGUCACUUACCCCUCAUCUUGCAAUUUGCCAGAAGUGAGUAGGGUGCUUCUAGUAUUUUGUUCUGAAAAGCCCUAUUCAUUACGAGUAGAAUGAGAUGCUACACAUGAUGGUAGCCUCUAAAUUGCACCCAGGGUGAUUUUUUCGGGUCAAGGUCCCUUUCUCACUUUGCAAGGUCACAGGUCAAAGGGGACAUUUAAAAAAAAAAAAAAAUGGUUAUCAUUUCUGAAAUCCGCAUGUCAGAAAACCCUCAGGUGAAUUUUUCUAGGGAAAUCUGAGAUGGAUGGGCAACGAAAUGUCCCUUUUCUGGUUGAGUUGGCAUGGAAUGACCCACAUGCAUGUCUUCAUGGUGCUGGACAUGCAUGUCUUCAUGGUGUUGGAUAACUACAUACUGCGAAAAAUUGACAUUGAUAUCAAUAGCGUUAUCAUUUUGUAGUUUUUUUGUUUAUAUGAUAAGUAAAAAAAAAUAUAUAUAUAUAUACAGACGUGCUCAAAUUUGUUGGUACCCUUACAGCUCAUUGAAAUAAUGCUUCAUUCCUCCUGAAAAGUGAUGAAAUUAAAAGCUAUUUUAUCAUGUAUACUUGCAUGCCUUUGGUAUGUCAUAGAAUAAAGUAAAGAAGCUGUGAAAAGAGAUGAAUUAUUGCUUAUUCUACAAAGAUAUUCAAAAAUGGCCUGGACACAUUUGUUGGUACCCCUUAGAAAAGAUAAUAAAUAAUUGGAUUAUAGUGAUAUUUCAAACUAAUUAGUUUCUUUAAUUAGUAGCACACAUGUCUCCAAUCUUGUAAUCAGUCAUUCAGCCUAUUUAAAUGGAGAAAAGUAGUCACUGUGCUGUUUGGUAUCAUUGUGUGCACCACACUGAACAUGGACCAGAGAAAGCAAAGGAGAGAGUUGACUGAGGAGAUCAGAAAGAAAAUAAUAGACAAGCAUGGUAAAGGUAAAGGCUACAAGACCAUCUCCAAGCAGCUUGAUGUUCCUGUGACAACAGUUGCAAAUAUUAUUAAGAAGUUUAAGGUCCAUGGAACUGUAGCCAACCUCCCUGGGUGCGGCCGCAAGAGGAAAAAUCGACCCCAGAUUGAACAGAAGGAUAGUGCAAAUGGUAGAAAAAGAACAAAGGAUAACUGCCAAAGAGAUACAAGCUGAACUCCAAGGUGUAGGUUCGUCAGUUUCUGAUCGCACCAUCCGUCGCUUUUUGAGCGAAAGUGGGCUCCAUGGAAGAAGACCCAGGAGGACUCCACUUUUGAAAGAAAAACAUAAAAAAGCCAGACUGGAAUUUGCUAAAAUGCAUAUUGACAAGCCACAAUCCUUCUGGGAGAAUGUCCUUUGGACAGAUGAGUCAAAACUGGAGCUUUUUGGCAAGUCACAUCAGCUCUAUGUUCACAGACGAAAAAAUGAAGCUUUCAAAGAAAAGAACACCAUACCUACAGUGAAACAUGGAGGAGGCUCGGUAAUGUUUUGGGGCUAAUUUGCUGCGCCUGACACAGGGUGCCUUGAAUCUGUGCAGGGCACAAUGAAAUCUCAAGACUAUCCAGGCAUUCUGGAGCGAAACAUACUGCCCAGUGUCAGAAAGCUCUGUCUCAGUCGCAGGUCAUGGGUCCUCCAACAGGAUAAUGACCCAAAACACACAGCUAAAAGCACCCAAGAAUGGAAAAGAACAAAACAUUGGACUAUUCUGAAGUGGCCUUCUAUGAGUCCUGAUCUGAAUCCUAUCGAACAUCUAUGGAAAGAGCUGAAACUUGCAGUCUGGAGAAGGCACCCAUCAAACCUGAGACAGCUGGAGCAGUUUGCUCAGGAAGAGUGGGCCAAACUACCUGUUAACAGGUGCAGAAGUCUCAUUGAGAGCUACAGAAAACGUUUGAUUUUGGUUGUGCAACAAAAUAUUAGGUUAGCGGUCCCAUCAUUUUUGUCCAUGCCAUUUUCAUUUGUUUUAUUAUUUACAAUAUUAUGUUGAAUAAAAAAUCAAAAGCAAAGUCUGAUUUCUAUUAAAUAUGGAAUAAACAAUGGUGGAUGCCAAUUACUUUUGUCAGUUUCAAGUUAUUUCAGAGAAAAUUGUGCAUUCUUUGUUUUUUGUGGAGGGGUACCAACAAAUUUGAGUACGUCUGUGUAAUAUAUAAUAUAUAAUAUAUAAAAAAUGUCUAAAUCCUAAAAUUCGUGAAGCAAAACUUUUGGCCAUAGGGUUCUGCAUUCCUGUAGAUGGCUGAUACGGUCUUGUUUCCCAUAUCAAGAUACCUGAGCAAUCCCUUCAUACAUUUUCUCAAAAAACACCAGAAAUAGAAAUAUAAAACUGAGGACCAUCUGGGAAGUAGGGCUGACUUGUUUUGUGGGCAGACUGGUAGAGUUCAGAAGCGCUGUAUCUGAGCUUCCCCUAGAAGGAUUGACUGUAGGUGUGUUUACACUAGUGUUCCCGAAUCUUUCUGAUAAGAGUCUGUACCGGAACGGUGUGGGGGGGUACUUCUCACAGGAGCAGACUGAGCAUGUGUGCUCUCAGGGGGAAAGAAAAAAAACCCAAAAAAACCUAACGCUCUGCAGUAGUGACAACAUAAACGACCGCCAUCAUUUGAAAAUAUCUCCAUUGUAAGCAGUGGACCUUGAAGACUGUUGAAAGAAAUUUGGAAAGUCAAAAACCAGGGAAGCCUGGAGGCCGAAACCAAGCAACGAGCAAGACUGAGAAAAAACAUCAGGACUGACACAUUAUGAUUAAAUCAGUUAAAAUGGCCAUAUCAGCAGAACUUGACCUGUGUGAAUUCAACCGUGACAAAUGGCUCAGACUGUGUGGAGGGGCUGGGAAUGAGCCCCCAGCAGUACAACCUGCUCUACGCUGUCUAUGCAUGGACUAAUGCAGUGGUGGUAAUCCUGGCUGGAUUCCUCAUUGACAAGCUGGGAAAUCGCUUUGGUGUGUUCCUCUUCUCGUUCCUGACUGUUCUCGGAUCAGCAGUCUUUGCCCUGGGCUCACACUUCAAAGGGACCGCCUACCUGCUACCCCUGAUGCUGACUGGCCGCCUGAUCUUUGGAUCUGGGAAUGGCUCUCUCACCAUUGUGCAGAACAGGAUCACGGCGUUCUGGUUCAAGGGGAAAGAGCUGGCCCUGGCCUUCGGCCUGACCUUGGCCUUCUCUCGGCUGGGCAGCGUACUCAAUUUCUUCCUUACCCAGCGCGUAGAGGCGCACUUCGGGAUCCAGUGGACACUCUGGGGAGGUACCUUUCUGUGUGUGCUGGGCUUCCUGGCAGCCAUCACGGUCAGUGCUCUGGACAAGAUGGGCAUGAGACAGCUGGGGCUGGAGGGGCUCAUACAGCAGGAGUCCAAGAAAGUGCGGUUUCAGGACCUGCGCUAUCUUCCUCUCCGUUACUGGCUCCUGGUCCUUACCAUCAUGUUCUUCUACAACGGAGUCUUUCCUUUUGUCGCCGAUGCCAGCAAGUUCAUCCAGGACAAGUACUCUGGAUAUAGCCAGAGGGAGGCAGCCUACAUCGCCGGGGCUGUGUAUGACAGCUCCCUGGUGCUGUCAGCCACAGUGGGGAUACUGAUUGACUCCGUGGGGCUGCGUGGUGUGUUUGCUGUCGGCUGUGCUGUCCUCACGCUGCCUGUGUUUGCUCUCCUCGCCUUCACCUUUGUGCCCCCUCUGGUCUCCACCCUGUGGCUUGGCGUCACCUACUCGUUUGCCGCGGCUAGUAUGUGGCCCUCUAUUCCUCUUGUGGUUCCCCAGGCCACUCUGGGGACAGCGAUGGGUCUAGCCACCUCCGUGCAGAUGAUCGGGAUUGGCGUGUGCAACCUCAUCGUGGGGCAGAUCCUGGGAACAGAAUCCAGUGAUGUGAAGAUCCCUCUGGAGCGAUGGCAGCAGGUGAUGUUCUUCAUGCUGGCCAACACGAUCGGCUGCAUCGUCAGCUCACUCAUUCUCAACAUUGUAGACAAGCGACAGGGUGGGACCCUCAAUAAUACCACAAAGCGCUCCCAGGAGACCCAGGAGGAACCCAAUGAGCCUCCAGAGACAUCCCCGUUGCUGGGGGAGGAGAAUGACCAUCGCGCCAUUAACUAGCAGGCCUCAAAGUUGUUCUCUGUAGCAAGUUUAUGGUUUUGGUUCAUCUAUCUACCAACAAAUUUGUGCAAUAAAAUGCCAACUUUACUCCCCCAAUCCUCUAUACUUUACUCCCCCAAUCCUCUAUACUUUACUCCCCCAAUCCUCUAUAGCACAUGGUGGAUAGAUGAACCCAGCCAUGAACUUGCCAGCCGCUGCCUGAGAGAACGAGCUUAGCAGAGAAACACAGCGCUCCACAAAGGAAGGAUUUCAAUAAGGUGGGCCCUGUCUACACCCAUUCACUGUUAAAGUAAGAGAGCUGAGCUGAUUCCAUUCCAAGAAGCACCGUACCAUCAGGAAAAGUAGGGCUGUGCUUCAAUUCUGUACUCCCCUAUCUCUAUUAAUGCAGGAUAUUCCACUGACUGAUGGUGAUCUUAGUUUAAAACUGUUUAAAUUUUAUUUGGAAAACCCCACUUCUACAUAGAGAAUGAGGCUUUCAAAAGUAGACUCACUACCGAAGUGGAGUAUCAUACAGUGAUCGAUCAUGACACUAAUUACCAUUUCACUGAUCAGUUUUCAUUAUUUAGCUUGUUCAAGAAUCAUAGAUUUGUACCUUUUGUAAGUGUUUAUGAAUAAAAUUGAUUUUAUGCAUGUUGGUUUUUAAAAUGUA